GUCGUAGUGUCGUUCGGUAGUUCGCGAUAUUAAAUGUUACGUUUUGCGGUACGAUACACACCGUUUCCUCAUAAUUCUAUCAGAAACGCUAUCAUGAUAAAUAACGUCUAGACUCUUGACGUUUUUGUCUUGGAUAACACAAUAAUUAAUAUAUUGUACUGACUAAUAAUUGUCGUUCACCUGUUCGGUUGAUAUUUAUUUUUUUAUUUCUCGUCGCUCGUUGAUCGGUUCGAUUUUGUCGACCGUUUACCUCGUGUCACGAACACCGUUCGACGACGCUAGUGUGGCUCGUGAAAGUGAAGCGAUCAUCGCACGCCCCUGUGUAGAACAGACUUUUUAAAUCAACCGAUAAACGCCGACACAAUGUGCGAUUACAACCCAAAGGACUUGAGCGAGCCAGAAGACGGAGACAGCAGAGACGAUGACGCCAAGAACAUUGACAAACGUGCGUUUGACGAAAUGAACAAACAAAUUCAAAUGGUCCUACAAGAUAUGAAAGACAAAUUCCAAACUAUGUCUGAUCAAAUAUUAUUGAGAAUAGAUGAUAUGGGUACGCGUAUCGAUGACUUAGAAAAGAAUAUAUCGGAUUUAAUGAUCCACGCUGGUCUUGAAACUCCAGACAAAUGAUAUUUAGAAUACUAUCGUAUUACAAGAAAUGAAUAGGUCACUUCAUGUUACAAAGAUUAUAUUUAUAUAUAAACUUAGGACCUACAUUAUUAUUUGAAAUAUGAUUAAAAUUAAAACAAGGUAAAUUUAAGUGUAUCAAUGUCUAUUAAUAUUUCUAUUUAUUAUAAUUUAUGUAUAUUUUUUUUUUUUUUUAUAAACUACCAUUAGCAGUUUUUUGAGAUAUUAAUUAACUUAAUUAAUGAUAGAUCCAUACCAAUGUUGUACCUAUACUUUAUUCAGUGCCUGAAUGAUCAGUCCAACAGAAAAAAUAUGUUGAAACUGCAUUUAUCCCCAAUUCCAGUACCAACACACUACCUCACCAAGGAAGCCUUCUUUGGUUACCAGAAACAACUGAUUGGCGUAGGACGUUUUUUUCAUGUAUUUUGUCAUAUUUAUUCAACAAAUUGACCAAUAUUAAACUUAUUAAAGUUAAAAAUAGCUCAAACUUGCAAGUUAUAUUUUUAAGAAAUUUGAACGAUCAGUAAAUAUUAGUUUUAGUUUAUACUACUAUAUUAAAUAUAAUUUACCUAUUAUAUGAAUUAAUAAUUUAUUAAAAUCUAGGAUUAUAUUUUUUUUUCAUUCAAAGUUUAUUAUACAUAUUAUAGCAUAAUCAAAAGAAACAGUGAAACAUUUACACAUCACCAACCUAUAUAACCUGUUCAAUAAGUUAUAAUUUUUGCUUUUUAUCAAAACACUUGUAUUUUUUGUCCAUUAUACUAUUGAAACUUGUAAUGUGACCAUAAAUCAAUAAACACUUAAAUUUUUAAUUUUAAAGAAUUUUUAUUCAUACAAUAAACAAAAAAACAGACAUUUUUAAAUAACAGUCGGUGUUUAAUUUUCUUAAAAUUUUCAAAAUACAAUAAUUGAUAAUAAUGAUAAUUUCAUUUCAAUGUUGUACAAUUACUGAGAUGAUAAAUGAUUUAAAUAUUUUUAAAAGUAAUAUAUACAAUUUUAUUAAUCAGAUAAUAAACCUCUACUAAAAAAGUACAGUAGAAGUUGUUAAUAACUGUACUUACAAGAUAUCAUGUAGUUAAUUCCAAUACAUAUUCUAGUAUAAAUUAAUUAAUUACCAGAAAAAGUAGAUUUGCAAUUUAUAUUUUUUUUUUAGAUAAAUAAUAUUUACUUAUAUUUCUAUUAUCAGUAUAAACAAAACUGUUUGAUUUAACAGCCAUUAUUUGAAUAAACUAUUUGUAAAAAAUAGUACAUUUGCAUUUAAUUUAUUUGUAAAAACACAAUGUCAUGAAGGCUUUUAUAAAAUAAGUUUUGUGAAAAAAGUAUAAUUGCUAUUUUGUAUGUAUACAAAGUACAAAUAGUAUGGUUGAAUAUAAUAUGACAAAAUUGAAGUUUAAUGUUAUUAACAUAGCUUAUAAUGCAAAACCUAUUACCUAAUAAAAUUGAUUUAAUAAUAAACAUUAGGUACAUUUAAUUAAAUAAUAAGCUUUGUCAUUCUAUUUAUAUACCUAUAUUAUAUGUUUUUGUUACAAUUGAUUACUAGUGCAUAUAAAUUCCACCAAUUGUGACUUUUUUUUCAUAAUUUCACCAGUAACUUUUUAUUACUUAAAAAUUAUAUAUUAAGUCUACGGUUUUUUGUUUACCUAAAAUAAAAUUAACAUUAUGAAGAUAACAGGUCCUUACAUCAUUUAUUUAUGUAUCAUAUUAUAAUUUGAUACAUAUAUCUUUUUACACAAAUUUUAAAUGAUAUAAUAUAAUAAUCAGGGCUCGAAUUUUAUAGCAUUUGCUCAUUUUUAUUGGAUGUAGGUAAAAAUAGAAAAGUAAGCUAUACAUUUGUUUUGCGCACCAGAGACUUCAAAUAUGACAUUUUAUUUUACUAUUUUUUGCAUAUUUAAAGGAUUUUUAGCUUUUAUUACUAUUUUGUAAAUUAUGGUGUCAUUUUCGGCUAAUUUGCUAUAUUAAUAUAACUUUUAUUUCGUAUUAUCAUAAGACUUAUUUAUACUAUAUGGUAUGAAACUGAAAUGUAACAAUAUGACAAUUUUGAAUAGUUGCCAUACUCAAAAAGCGUGUAUAUUUUAUAGUUUAAUGAAUCAACAAAUUCAAGUAGUAUUACCUAAUAUUUUUAACAAAAAAAGUUUGUAGUACCUAUCAAUUUUUUAUCAUUUAUUUUUUAUUAUUUACAAUUUUUUUUAUAUAAAAAAAAAAUGCAUUAAUUUAUAAAUAUAAGUAUUUUAAUUUGUGAACAAAAUAAAUUUUCAUUUUUGCUAUUUAUUGUGUUUUUAGGGCAUAUUAUAGCGCAUAUUUUAGUCAUUUUUAGUGCUAAAAAAUCUGAGCCCUGAUAAUAAUUUAUAAUGAUAGUUAAUAGUUAGUUGAAAAAAAAUUAAAUAUUAAGUAAUAAAAAAUAUAAAUAAAAUUAUUAAUUAUCAAUAAUGAUUAGCUAGUUAAAAGAAAAAAAAAAUUAAUUAAAUAAAAUAUAAAAUUUGAAUUUAUAAAGAUUAGAUGCACCUAUACUAAUUUGUAUAAGUAAUGGUAAUAUUUUUUUCCUUGUAUGACAAAAUGAUAGUAUUUUAAUAUUUUUGGCGGGUUUUUGAUUGAGAAUUUCUGAGAUUAUUAGAUUUAUUAUAGUUGUUUAAUUUAAUGUAAGUGAAUAAUUGGCUAUCUAAUUGAGCUUUUGCGAAGUUGACAGUUAUGUGUGGCUAUAAUAAAAAUAGUUGUAAUCUAUUGAUUUGAUGGAGUUCAUGUAGUUUUUAGGUCGAAAAUUCGUAAUGGUUAAAUUUACAUGUUUUAAAGUUUUUAAAUCGAUGAAAUUUACAAUUGCCUAUUUAUCACUAUUUUAUUUACCAUUAGGUAUAUUAAAUAAAAACCCAUACAUAUAUACUUUGUAGUAAUAAUUAGUAUAUAUAUAACAGAAUAUUUCAAUUUUAAACCCCAACCAAUUUAUACAUAAAUAUGAUUAAUAAUGAAAAAAAUUAAGAAAUGUUAAAAUAAAAUUAACUAAUCUUAAUUUAUUACUAAAUUAUUAAGUAUCAUCAGUAAAUGCACGUAAAAAAGAAAAGUUUCUUUUUAUUGUUAAAUUUUUUUAUUUACACAAGGUAUAUUAUUAGAUAAAAUAUAACGAUUGAGUAUAUUGGAUUUUACUUUUACAAGUAGCUUCUAUUUAUUUAUUCUAUUAAGCAUAAUACCAUCUGUAUAUUAUACUUACAUAUAAAUGUAUUACAUAGUAUAUUGUUUAAACACAUUUCCUGUUUUUAAAUAUAUUUGUAGUUUUUAUAGAAGAGUUUCUCAUGUGUUAACUGAUAGAAUUCUACCGGUUAGUCUUAACCGACACUUAUCCAUGCAUUGUAAGAACGGCCCUUUAAGUGCUAUAGCUAUGUAAAAGAUUACAACUUUAAAAUGUUCAUAACUCCCUUUAAAGUGAUAAUAUCGAUAAAAGCAUAUGAUAUUUUCUUGAUAAUAUUGUUACCUUUAAAUUUGAUAAUAUGUUAAUUUACUAUAAUAUUAAACCUAAGUACCUAACAUCACAAAAUAUGUUCUGCUAAACACAGAUUUGCUAUAAUGUACAUUAGUAAGACAAAGACAACACAUGCGAGUGUAACGUCCUUUUAAUGGAUUAUUAAUACAAUUAAUAGUAAGUUAAAUGCCAUAGAUUUAUGGCUAAAUUUAUUUAUUUGUUUUUAGCUCUUAUCUACUGCAAUACUGCUAAGUUUUUUUUAUCAAAUUUAUAGAUCACUUGAAUUUCACUAUUUAUAUACUAAGGCACAAAAUCAUAAGUUUUUUAGUAAUUUAAUAUGGCAUAUGAUUAAUAAGAGAAAUAAAUGUUAUUAUAGUAAUCA